CAGGAAGAGAAGAAGGAAAGACUCUCUCUCUCUCUCUCUCUCUCUCUCUCUCUAGCGAUUAAAGCAAGCGUAGAUCAGAUGGCAGCACCUUUCACGUUGAGGAAGAUCGGAGUUCCGCCGAACUCAGCUAACCUCACGGAGGCUCGCCGCCGUGUUUUCGAUUACUUCAGAGCUGCAUGUAGAUCCAUCCCAACCAUCAUGGACAUUUACAAUCUGCAAGACGUCGUCGCGCCUUCUCAGCUACGUUUCGCAAUCUCUGCUCAGAUUCGUAAAAACGCUCACGUCACCGAUCCUAAGGUGAUUGAUCUUCUUCUAUUCAAGGGAAUGGAAGAGCUGACUGACAUAGUGGAUCACGCAAAGCAGCGUCACCACAUUAUUGGUCAAUACGUUGUGGGUGAAGGGCUCGUUCAGAAUACUGGAAGCAAGGAUCAAGGGAAGUCUGAUUUUCUCAAGAACUUCUACACCAGCAACUACUUUUGAGCUGGUGACUGUUUUCUCUACUGGCUUUGUCAUGCUACCAAGUUCCGUAUAAGUCUUUUCCAGUAUUGAAUUUUCGACUUAGGAAGAAGUCUUCUUCCUGAGAAUAAUUUGUAUGAAUUUCGCCAAACCUCUCUUUAAGUUGUAGCUGUGACAGUGUUUGCUGUACAAUUAUUGCUAUGAUUUCAAGAUACAUAA